GCUUUCUGUUUCUUCAACACCGGCAACACUGGCUCUUUGGAUCAAUAUAAUCAUUUUCGAGAAUUUUGAAUUUGUUGAUUGGAUAAUAUUUAUAUCCUUGUUAAUAAAUCUGAGGGGGAUUUCUGCCAAAUAUCUUGCUAAUAGACGAAAUGGUAAUGAUAUUAUAUUCUAAUGAAAAUAAUCCAGCAACUUUAAAGUUGUUGGUUGCUAAAAACUUUGCCAAUAUUUCUGUUCCAGUCAAAAUUGUGAGUCCACAUGAAAAGUCACUAAGGCAACCAAAUCUCUUACCAUACCUGGAAGUUGAUGAUGAAAGGUUUUACCGAUUUUUUAGUUCUAAUGCAGCAUUAUGUUUCAUUUUACCUCCUGUAGAGAAUGUUACAGAGAUUCACAACUGGUUAGAAUGGGAAGCAACCGAAUUAUCACCUAAUUUGGCAUUCCUAUUUGGAGCUUCAUCAAAAAGCAUAAAAAUUAGGAAUUCUGUUUGCAAUGCUUUGACAACUCUAAAUGAUCAUCUUCAAAAUAAACAAUAUCUUGUUGGGGAUUCUGUAUCAUCUGCAGAUAUUGCAAUAUGGAGUGUACUGUAUCCUUUAACUACAUGUACUAAAACUACCACUGAAUACCUUAAACACCUCUCGAAACUAUCAGAGUGGAUUGCGAAUUUAGAAAGAAAUACAACUUUCAAAGAAGCAUUAGCUACCUUUAAAAUUGAUAGCACUUCAUAUAGUGCCUUACUAGCAGGCGCUAAAUACCUUGUACCUUCAGAAUUCAAUGAUGCCCCUAAAACUGAAAAUAAGAAUCUUCAAAACAAGGAAAAUGAAUCACCACAACAUAACUCUGAAGCAGCAACAAAGGAAGAAAUACAAGCAGCCGAGGAGGCAUGGAAAAAAAGUGUUUCAAAUAAACUAAAACCAGAUAGCAAAUGUGUUUUGCCAGUGCCAGGAGAGCGAAAUGUACUGAUCACAUCAGCUUUACCUUAUGUCAAUAAUGUGCCCCAUUUGGGUAACAUAAUUGGAUGUGUGUUGUCAGCAGAUGUGUUUGCUAGAUAUUCUCGCUUAUGCAACAAUAAUACAUUAUACAUAUGCGGGACAGAUGAGUAUGGUACCGCUACCGAAACUAAGGCACUUGAGGAAGGUCUCUCAUGCAAGGAGAUUUGUGACAAAUAUCAUAAAAUCCAUGAUGAAAUCUACAAAUGGUUCAAUAUUAGCUUUGAUCACUUCGGAAGAACAUCAGAACCUGAACAAACAAACUUGUGUCAGGAAAUGUUCCUCACACUUAAUAGCAAUGGUUUCACAUUCACAGAAUCAGUUGAUCAGUUACAUUGUGAGAAAUGCAACAAAUUUUUAGCUGAUAGAUUUGUUGAAGGUGGCUGUCCUAAUAUCGGAUGUACCUACGAAGAUGCUAGAGGUGACCAAUGUGAUGGGUGUGGCAAAUUAGUCAAUGCCAUAGAACUCAAGAAUCCCAGGUGUAAAAUCUGUGGACACACACCUAAAAUGAAGUCUUCUAACCAGUUUUUCAUCGAUUUACCGAAGUUGGAGCCUCUUGUUCGCCACUGGAUACAACUUUCUGGACCCGGCUGGUCAAACAAUGCACAGGUAAUAGCGAAAUCAUGGCUAAAAGAAGGCCUUAAACCAAGAUGUAUAACAAGAGAUCUGAAAUGGGGCGUUCCAGUACCACUAGAUGGCUUCAGAAAUAAAGUGUUCUAUGUCUGGUUUGAUGCCCCGAUUGGAUAUUUGUCCAUCAGCAAAGCAUACACGAAAGACUUUGAAAAAUGGUGGAUACCGUCCCAAGAGACUCAGGUUACCCUUUAUCAGUUCAUGGCCAAAGAUAAUGUACCAUUCCACUCAGUUUUGUUCCCUGCCAUGUUACUGGGAGCGAAUAAGGGGUAUACUACUGUGUCACAUUUGAUGGCCACGGAAUAUUUGAAUUACGAAGACGGUAAAUUCUCGAAGUCGCGAGGGGUGGGUGUUUUCGGUACUGAUGCGCAAAGUACGGGUAUCCCUUCAGACGUCUGGAGAUUUUAUUUACUUUACGUUAGACCGGAAACUCAGGAUUCGAGCUUCAGUUGGAACGAUCUCGUCACCAAAAAUAACUCCGAGCUUUUAAACAAUCUUGGAAAUUUCAUUAAUAGGGCGUUGAUGUUUGCAAAGAAUAAUUUCAACAGAUCAGUUCCCAAAAUGGAUCUCAAUAAUGACGAUUAUAACCUCCUAGCAUUAUGUACUAGAGAAUAUAAAAGUUAUGUAGCUGCUGUAGGAAAUGCCAAGUUGAGGGAUGGUAUUCGUCAUAUUCUUGCUAUAUCCAGACAUGGGAACCAAUAUAUGCAAGCUAAUCAGCCUUGGGUGCUUCUCAAAGGAUCAGAUGAAGAAAAGUUACGUGCAGGUACAAUAAUUGGAGUUUGUUGUAACUUGGCUUGUCUCCUAGCAACACUGCUUCAACCCUACAUGCCUGAUACUAGUGAAAGCCUCAGACAGCAAUUGAAUACUUCUAAUGUUGUUAUUACUCCAGACAACAUAGAAAUUGUAACUAUGCUUCCAGCUGGUCACCAAUUGGGCGAUCCAUCGCCACUGUUUGCUAAAAUUGAUCCGGCUCAAGCAGAAGAACUAAAGAAGAAGUUUGCUGGAUCGCAAAAUGAUAGAAUUGGGGAUAAUGUUGAUUUGAGAAACAUUGAGGAUCAAAUUGCAAAACAGGGUGACAAGGUUAGGGCUCUGAAAUCGAGUGGUGCAAAUAAAUCCCUGUGGCAACCUGAAGUUGCUAUAUUAUUGGAAUUGAAGAAAAAAUUGGAAGCGGCUCAAAAAUCCAAAUCGGUUAAUAGCGCCUGUGUACCUGACCAGCAGUUGAAUGGCCUUGCAAGCACUGAGGAAAUUAAAAAACUAGAAGAAGAAGUAGCUCAACAGGCUGAUAAAGUGAGGGCUUUAAAAUCAAGUGGUGGAAAUAAAUCUGUAUGGCAACCUGAGGUCACCAUCUUAUUGAAUUUGAAGAAAAAACUGGAAGCAGCGCAAAAGUCUGGGCCUGCUCACAACACAGUUGUUCCUGCACAUCAUCCAAUAUCCAAUGAUACAGCAAAUCCAGAUGAGAUCAAAAAAUUAGAAGAAGAAGUAACCAAACAAGGUUUGGUGGUGAGAAAACUCAAGGAAGGAGGAGCUGCCAAAUCCGAAUGGCAACCUGAAGUAAACAAACUUCUAUCUCUGAAGAAGCAUUUGGCUGACCUGUCUGGAACGACCUCUGUGGAAACUCAAAAAAGUAAAAAAGGAAAAAAAUAAGUCGAAUGAAUGAUAUAGGGAGUGUAAGAUUUAGUAAUUUAUUUAGGGGAGGUGUAAGGUAUGAAUUUUUAUAAGUAUGUGAGUUAUAGUACACAAUUCAAAUACC